GUGUCAUUAGGCGAUAGCUAUUGAAUCAUUCAAUCUGCACUUCGGCGUUCCUCUUUUUUUUUCUUCGAUAAUUUUCUUUCUCUCUCAGGUCAUUUCCAUGGUUUUCAGAUCGCCUUUAGAGCUUUAUCCCUCCCAUUUCUUCCUGCCAAACUUCGCUGAUCGCCCCCUGCUCCUGGCGAACAGCGCGCCCAGCGCCAGGUCUCCCGAAGACUUGUCCAUGUUUCAGCUACCGACCCUCAACUUCUCCGCGGAGCAGGUGGCGAGCGUCUGCGAGACGCUGGAGGAGACCGGCGACAUCGAGCGGCUCGGGCGCUUCCUGUGGUCGCUGCCCGUUGCGCCGGGCGCGUGCGAGGCCAUCAACAAGCACGAGUCCAUCCUGCGCGCGCGGGCCGUGGUCGCCUUCCACACGGGCAACUUCCGCGACCUCUACCACAUCCUGGAGAACCACAAGUUCACCAAGGAGUCGCACGGCAAGCUGCAGGCGAUGUGGCUCGAGGCGCACUACCAGGAGGCCGAGAAGCUGCGCGGGCGCCCGCUCGGGCCGGUCGACAAGUACCGCGUGCGGAAGAAGUUCCCGCUCCCUCGGACCAUCUGGGACGGCGAGCAGAAGACGCACUGUUUCAAGGAGCGGACGCGCAGCCUCUUGCGGGAGUGGUACCUACAGGACCCGUACCCAAACCCGAGCAAGAAAAGGGAACUGGCGCAAGCCACUGGACUCACUCCUACACAAGUGGGGAAUUGGUUUAAAAACCGGAGGCAAAGAGACAGAGCGGCGGCAGCGAAAAACAGGCUCCAGCACCAAGCAAUAGGGCAGAACGGCAUGCGCUCUCUGUCGGAGGCCGGCUGCACCCCCCACAGCUCGGCAGAGUCUCCAUCCACCGCGGCCAGUCCCACCACCAGCGUGUCCAGCAUGACGGAGCGCGUGGACACGGCCACGUCCAUUCUCUCAGUAACGUCGAGUGACUCCGAGUGCGACGUAUGAUACGCAGAGAGAGAGAAAGAGAGAUAUUUUGCAGGGAAUACGGACCUGAACAAACAUUUAAAAAUAUCGGGGAAGAUAAAAAAGGACCAACUGAUAAUUAUUGAGAAAAAAAAAAGAAAAGAAAAAAAAGAAAAGCACGUCUUUUUUUUUCAAGCGCUUUCAAUGGACCCCACG